UCCUGACACAAUCAUAAAAAUUACAUGAGAAUAAAAUAAGUUAUAUAGAUAUACUAUAAUAAAAAUCAUCGGGGAAAUUUUUUUCUAUCCAUUUAAAAAUAUUUUAACUACAUGAAAUCAAAGCGCAUCUAUAUACAAUUAAUAUAAAAAAUGAUAUUAAGUCUUUUAGGUUGAACCACUCUACUCGUUUUAUAUAUAGUAUGUCUUAUCUGGCUGAUUAUUCCUUUUGCCAACUAGGAAGAAAUAUGCAAUUACUAAGUUGUAAUUAACGUGUAACAGGUGUACAAUUAAUCCAUGAUUCAAAACUAACCCGACGGGCAACGGGUGUCUGCACACAGUGUUAGGAAAUUUGGUAAUUGCAUAAGUCUUUGUCUAGUUGUUUCUUAGUCAAAUAAGUCCGAGUCUUUCGGAAGUCUCGUUGAGAUAAGUUAGUCGAGUUAGUUCCUGCAAUCAUAAAAAUUACAUGAGAAUAAAAUAAGUUAUAUAGAGAGAUAUACUAUAAUAAAAAAAUUUCUAUCCAUUUAAAAAUAUUUUAACUACAUGAAAUCAAAGCAUUUAUAUACAAUUAAUAUAAGAAAUGAUAUUAUGCCUUUUAGGUUGAACCACUCUACUUGUUUUAUAUAUAGUAUGUCUUAUCUGGCUGAUUAUUCCUUUUGCCAACUAGGAAGAAAUAUGCAAUUACUAAGUUGUAAUUAACGUGUAACUGGUGUACAAUUAAGCCAUGAAUUAAAACUAACCCGACGGGCAACGGGUGUCUGCACACAGUGUUAGGCAAUUUGAUAAUUGAAUGAGUCUUUGUCUAGUGUUUUCUUAGUCAAAUAAGUCCGAGUCUUGGAAGUCUCGUUGAGAUAAGUUAGUCGAGUUAGUUCCUACAAUCAUAAAAAUUACAUGAGAAUAAAAUAAGUUAUAUAGAGAGAUAUACUAUAAUAAAAAAUUUCUAUCCAUUUAGAAAUAUUUUAACUACAUGAAAUCAAAGCAUCUAUAUACAAUUAAUAUAAGAAAUGAUAUUAUGCCUUUCAGGUUGAACCACUCUACUUGUUUUAUAUAUAGUAUGUCUUAUCUGGCUGAUUAUUCCUUUUGCCAACUAAGAAGAAAUAUGCAAUUACUAAGUCGUAAUUAACGUGUAACAGGUUUAUAAUUAAUCCAUGAUUUAAAACUAACCCAACCAGGUGUACAAUUAACAGGUGGACAAUUCUUUUAAAUUAAAUUGAACAUUUGAUUUUUUUUAAAACAAAUUCUUGCUAGUUAGAAAAAAAACUCUUGCUGGUUAGGUGAUAAAAUACAAGAUUUAGCAUCAUAUAUUAAUCAUCUAAUCUUAUGCUUAGCCUACAAUUCAUAACUAACUAGACUAGUUGCAUGAAGGCAAAGUAGAAUAAGAUAAUAUUAAAUACAACAAAUUUUUAAAACUUGAUAAAUAAAAGAUAAUGCAAGACACGAUUAAAUAAAAUUAAUGUAAGAUUAUUUAAAAGUCACUAAAUAAAAUAGACUGCAAAACGUGGUUAAAUAAAAUGAAAGUAAGAUUAUUUCAAAUUCACUAAAUAAAAUAUACUGCAAGACAUGAUUAAAGAAAAUUAAAGUAAGAUUAUUUUAAAGUUCACUAGAUAAACACUAAGCAACUCAAGAUCCAGAAACAACUUAAAAAUUGUGCUUGAGGUAAAAGAGGCAAAACAGUAUUAAAACUUACGUUUAGAAGACAUGUUGUAAACUAUUUAUAGUGAAUUGGGUUAAGUCCAAACAAACUGGGGCGGACACUGACUUCGAUCUUCUUGUCUUCUUUUUCUUCAUGCUCCUCGUCAUCAAGCCUCUCUAUCUUCUCUGACCUCCAAGACCUACAUGACUUAGUCAUAAUGUAUAUACAAAAUGCAUGAUUUACAUCCUAAGAGUCUGAACAUGUAUGAAAAUUAAUUAAAAUUCAAAUGUAAUGUUUAUGGCCCCAAUGAGGCAGAAUUUAAAGAAAAAAAGAGAAAUUACAUGCUAAAACUACACAUCAGGUCAAAAAGUUACUGAUCAAUCAUAAAACUUUGAAGUUAAAUUAAUUUUGAUUGGGCUAGAGCAUGCCUGUUGAAGCAUUGAUAUCAUAUUAAGUUUCAUCAACUAUCAAUUAAACAUAUUGUCGCAACUGGUAUAGUAGUUUAUGGCUCUUAUAAUCGUAUCAUCACUCACUUAAUCUCCAAUCUCAUCUAUGAGGCGCGACACUCCUAAACAAAACAAAACAAAAACGAUCACGCAAAUGUUACCGAGAAACAAAUAUACCAUAUUGUCAUUACGUACUCACGGAUAAAAUUAAUUACAUACAUAAUCUGUGACCAGAAAAAAUUCCUAGAAAAGCGGGUUGUGUUAGAGAAUGUUAGUCUCUCUUUUAAAUAAAACAUGUUGUAAUUAUAUUCUUUUUUUGUCGAUACCCAUCUUCAAAGAUCAAAUGGUAGUCGGGCUUGAGUCGUUCCGAAGAGACGCUCUGUCCGGCUGGGUCUGAUCUAUAUGGGAAAAGAUUGUUCCGAAUCGGAGUUCUCUUUUCCCAUGUAAUUAUAUUCAAAAAUGAGAUUUAAAACCAGAAACCAAACAAAGGUAUCAGUGUCAAUGUUGGUGGUAACUACCGCCGCUGCACCAGCAACGUGAAAACGAAGAGGACGUCCAUUUAAUAUUAUACAUUCUGAGCGCGGUGAGUUUAAAAUUCGCUAUAUAAACAUGGUAGCUACCGCCGCUGCACCAGCAACGUGAAAACGAAGAGGACGUUCAUUUAAUAUUAUACAUUCUGAACGUGGUGAGUUUAAAAUUCGCUAUAUAAAAAUGGUAACUACCGCCGCUGCACCAGCAACGUGGAAAGCACGUUCAUUUAAUAUUAUACAUUCUGAACGGUGAGUUUAAAAUUCGCUAUAUAAACAUCGGAUGUUUUGUAGUAUACAUUCUAAACUGGUAAGAGAUGGCAAACCAAACAAAACCGAUCUUACCUCUAUUAGUCAAUAAGAAACCACUUGAGCUUAUUAAACCCUCAAAACACACCCCUUCUGAAACUCUCUCCCUUUCUACUUUGGAUAACGAUCUUUUCAAUGAAGUUAUGUACGCAACGAUUUACGUUUUCAAAGCCAACGAAAAGAACCAAAAUGAUCCUGUCCCUUUGCUUAGGAAGGCUUUGUCCGAACUUCUUGUGUACUACUAUCCCCUUUCAGGCAAGCUCAUGAGACGAGAGAGUGAUCGAAAACUUCAGCUAGUUUUUGGGGGUGAGGGAGUUCCAUUUGAGGUCGCUACUGCAGCCCUCAACCUCUCCUCUCUAAACUAUAUAGAAAACCUUGAUGACCAAGUUGCUUUGCGCCUUGUGCCUGAUAUCGAAAUAGACUACGAUAGCAACAUCUCUUAUCAUCCACUAGCUUUGCAGGUGACCAAGUUCGCAUGUGGAGGAUUCACCAUAGGCACAGCGUUGACGCACGCCGUAUGUGACGGAUUCGGUGUGGCUCAGAUCAUCCAUGCUUUAACCGAGUUAGCUGCAGGAAAGAGUGAGCCAACGGUGAAGCCGGUGUGGCAGAGAGAGCGGUUGGUCGGACAAUUUGAUGAUGAAGCGGCUAAAAUGCCUGGCGGGCACAUUACUAGCCUUUUAGCGACCUCACCAUAUAUUCCAGCCAGUGAAAUGGUAACAGAGACAAUAAACAUUCGGGCUGGGAAUAUAAAGAGGCUUAAAGACUCUUUGAUGAGAGAGUGUGAGUACCCUAAAGAGGGUUUCACUACUUAUGAACUAAUUAGUUCUUGCAUAUGGAAAGCAAGAUCUCGAGCCCUAAAGCUAAACCUUGAUGGGAUCACUGUCCUUGGGGUAGCUGUUGGAAUCCGUCACGUUUUAGAUCCGCCACUUCCUCAAGGAUUCUACGGUAAUGCCUAUAUAGAUGUCUAUAUCGAGUUAACCGUGCGAGAACUCCAAGAAGCAUCAAUCUCUGACAUUGCUAAACACGUGAAGAAAGCCAAGAAAACAGCUUAUGAUAAGGGCUAUCUCGAGGAAGAGCUAAGGAACACGGAGAGAUUGAUGAGGGAUGAUGCAAAGUUCGAAGGGGUGAGCGAUGGACUAUUGUUUCUUACGGAUUGGAGGAACAUUGGUUGGUUCGGAUCAAUGGAUUUUGGUUGGAGUGAGCCGGUGAAUCUGCGGCCGUUGACCGAGCAGAAGAGUGCAGUGCAUAUAGGGAUGAUAUUGAAACCUUCACAACUUGAUCCAUCAAUGGAAGGUGGAGUUAAAGUGAUUAUGACGUUGCCUAGAGUUGCAAUGGUUGACUUCAAGCGAGAGAUGGAUGCUAUGAACAAACUUUACUCUUAAUAUUAUUAGUAUCUGGAUUAGUUUUCUAUGUGUGUGAGUGAAUGUGUGUUCGAAAAACAAAAACAAAAGAUGCGUGUGAGUGAAUGUUUCAAACAUGAAUAAUGGGCGAAUAAGAUCAGUAUGCUUAUAUGAAUGAUUGAAUGCUUAAGUAUAUGAUCAUC